AUGGCUCCGCCAGUCCCCGGAAGUUCGACACAUUAUGCCCUUGUUGUUGACGCGGGAAGCUCUGGGUCCAGGCUCCAGAUUUACUCGUGGAGAGAUCCGGGAUUAGAGAGAGACGAGAUCAUCCAAGAGGUUAGGGCUGCCCGCGCCGCUGGCCUCGGAAACGAUGGAGCCAAACCAUCAAAGAAGUGGUGGUGGUGGGACAGUAUCCGAGGGAAGGGAAAGGCUUCGCAAGCAGAGAUGGAGAUGAGGGCGCUCCGACGACUCGUGCGUGUCGGAAAGGGCGUGAAGGGAGAGGACUGGGUUAAGCGUGUCGAGCCAGGCAUAUCCAAGAUGGAGCCGGAAAACGUGUCAGAGUACUUGACGCCGCUACUGGAGCAUGCUCUGCACCACAUUCCUCCAUCUCAGCAAAGUAAAACUCCCAUUUACGUGCUCGCGACCGCAGGGAUGCGACUCAUCCCGGAGGAGAAACAGGCUGCCAUUCUUCGGCAGACUUGCGAAGCGAUCAAGGCUCAAACGCCCUUUCUCCUCGACUCUCCCAGAGGUAGUGAUCCUUGCGGAGAGAGUGUCCGCAUCAUCUCUGGUGAAGAGGAGGGUCUUUGGGGCUGGGUUGCUGUCAACUACCUAAUGGACGGAUUCGGACACGCUCCCGAGCGACAGCACCAAAACGGCGAGGAGGAGCACGAUCACCUGCUCCCACUAGCUCCCCUCGCCCUCCCGCCGCCAGAUGGCAGUGAUGACUCGGUGGUCACUCCAGUCGAUAUCAAUCACCACUCGCCAACCUUUGGGUUCCUCGAUAUGGGUGGCGCCAGUACCCAGCUUGCUUUCUCACCGUCCCUGGAGGAGCUGUCGCAAUCUCGAUUUCCUGGAGAUCAACUCUCAAAGGUCUCGCUGAGGCUAUUGUCUGGUGAGGUUGUUGAGUGGCCAGUGUUCGCUGCUUCCUGGCUCGGCUUUGGGACCAACAAGGCUCGCGAUCGCUACGAAGACGCUUUGGUGGACGCUUGGAAGUCGAAGAUCGAGGGCCAAGGCGGCGAUCGGACUAGCCCGGUGGAGGAUCCAUGUCUGCCAUCCGGACUGGUCGUUGGGAGCGCUGAUCCUUCCGAGCGUCCCGACAUCAAGGGAUCUGGCUCCUUCACUCAGUGUUUGGCCUCUUUGAAGCCGUUACUCGAGCAUGACAAGCCAUGCCCCACUGAUCACUGCCUGUUCGGUGGCAUGGCGACUCCGCGUAUCGAUUUCGAGCGACAGGACCAGCGUGGCUUUAUUGGAAUCUCUGAGUACUGGUACACCGCCCAGCAAGUGCUAGGUCUCGGUGGGGUAUGGGACUGGGGAGAGUGGGAGCGCGGAAUGUCCGACUUUUGUGCCAAGGAUUGGGCUCAAAUUGAGGACAAGGUCAACGAGUGGAAGCACCAUUCCGACAGCGUCAACCUGGAGCGACUAAAGCUGCAAUGCUUCAAGGGUGCUUGGAUCAGCAAUGUCUUACAUGAUGGAAUCGGCAUUCCGCGCAUGAUCGAUCAGGCCGGAAACGCCACUCUGGCAGAAGAUGGCGGCGACACAAACUCGGCGGCCCUUGAACGUGCUCGCGAGAAAGGUUUGAUUGAUGAGAAGGAUAAGCAGACUUCUCAUUUCCAGUCCAUGGACGAGGUUGGCGCAACGGCCAUUUCGUGGACACUCGGCAAGAUCGUUAUCGAAGCUAGCAGGGCUGUGGGGGGCAACCCCUACUACAGCACUGGCGGCACAUCCAUCCUCGGCUACGAUCUCCGCUAUGGACUAUGGGUCUAUGUGUUGAUUGCCGUCCUGCUCCUGAUAAUCGUUUACAACGCCUUCUUUCGUAGGAGGCUUCGAAGGAAGCGGCCAUCCAUCAUGCGGUCAAAGUCGCUGCCAGUCGUGCUCAAGGGAUUCAUGCGACCGGAUGCGGAUGCCUACGAAAUGGUGGAGAGCGGCGAUACAGGCAAGGAGCGUCCACACCACGGCAUAUCCUUCACCAAAUGGGGUCGCAAAGUGUCGAACGCCAUCAGAGGCAAAGGCAAGGCCGGAAUGGGCUUUUCAAGUCUGGGUCAUGGCCUUCCGAGCAGUCUGUCUCAACCUCCCAGCCCCAGUGGUCAAGGGUCAUCAUCGGGCGGGUACUUUUACAACAAUCGCUCCGCAUCCAUGAUGGACGUAACACGCCCACCGCCCUCUCCGCCCAAGGGACCCCCUCUCCGUCCUCCACGCAGCCAGUCGUCCGCCCACGUCUCUCCCUAUUCGAACGCUGGUGGCUGGAACGACCCUCCAUCCUCAAUGUUCGCGUCUUCGACAAGCACGGCCAACCGAUCGCCGAACCUCGGCGUGGCGAGGGCCGGGGACGACGACAACAACGAGCUGUGGCAGCCGAUACCUCGGAACAGGACGUUAGGCGACAUCAGCCGAAACUCUUCACGGCAGGUAUCUGACAACAGCGUGCCUAAGACCGCCGACAACUUCAAGCACCUCUGUAUCGGCGACAAGACCAACGCAGAGGGCAAGAAGCUCACCUACGUUGGAUCUGGCUUCCACCGCAUCAUCAAGGACUUUAUGAUCCAGGGCGGAGACUUCACGCGCGGCGACGGCACUGGCGGCGAGUCGAUCUACGGCGAGAAGUUUGCGGACGAGAACUUUGACAAGAUCCACGACAAGCCGAUGCUUUUGUCGAUGGCGAACGCUGGACCGGGGACGAACGGGUCGCAGUUCUUCAUCACGACGGUGCCGACACCGCACCUGAACGGCAAGCACGUCGUGUUUGGCAAGGUGCGCAGCGGCAAGGGAAUCGUGCGCGAGAUCGAGUCGCUCCCGACGAGCGCCAACGACCGCCCCGAGGAGCCCGUCGUCAUCACUGGCGCCGGUGUUCUGAGCCCCGAGGAGGUCGAGGAGGAGGACCGCAAGCGCCAGAACGCGCUGGACGCCAUGGGCUCCGAGGACGUUUACGAGGACUACCCGCAGGACGAGGAGAAGAUCGACCCCGAGAAGCCCGAGGAGGCGCUCAAGGUUGCGACCACGCUCAAGGACCUCGGCACCCAGGAGUUCAAGAAGGGCGACUAUGUCCAGGCCCUCGCCAAGUACAAGAAGGCUCUCCGUUACCUCGACCAGCACCCCGACUUCCCCGCCGACGCCGACCCGGCCGUCGUGAAGUCGUACCGGGAUACGCGCUUCCCGCUCCUCACGAACGCGGCCCUCUCCGCGCUCAAGUGCAACCCGCCCCAGGCCAAACUCGCUGAGAGCCUCGCGACCCGGGCCCUCAAUGUCUCCCCCAUCUCGGACGCCGAGAAGGGCAAGGCGCUCUACCGCCGCGGCCUCGCGCGUAUCCAGCUCAAGGACGAGGACGGUGCCGAGUCCGACCUGAAGAAGGCCCUCGAGGUCGUGCCCGGCGACGCUGGCGUCACCCGUGCCCUCAAGGAAGUUGAGAGCAAGAAAGCCGCCCGCACGGCCGCGCAGAAGAAGGCUUUCUCUAAGAUGUUCGGGUAG